GAAGCAGAUGCUAACGUUAACUGACAUUAGCUUAGGUUAACAAUAGGAAAACAUUGGCUAUUUAAUGUUUACUACGCCCCCUUUGCGUUAUCUUGACGGGUUUAGUGUUUUGCUAUAUCUUAGCCAGCAUAUCGUUAUCUACUCUACAAGGUUCCUUGAGCAGGGGGUUGUUGCGUCGCUUCCAGUUUAAGUCUGUAUCUGUUCCUGGAAGCUUGAGAGAUAUUCCCCACUGGCCUGGAGAUCAAUAAAUUCAACUCCGACAUGAACUGGGACAAUCAGCUGAGCUCUAUCCUGUCAGGAGCAGAUAGCAGCGUUGCAAAGAUGAGGGAGAGACUGACGUCACCAGGGAAAUUUGCCAAAGGAGGCGAAGAUUUUUUUCCAGUGAGGGAGAGGCUUCGUGAUUCAGAUUUGAGCCCUCCUGCUCUUCCUCCUCGUGCCCCCCUUCUCCGACAGCCUUCCCCAUCCCUCAGUCCAUCUGUUCACUGGGCAGAUCUAGCUGCUAUCCAGUCACAGCUCCAGAUACAGAGCCAGGCAAUUGAGUCUCUCACCAAGAAACUCCAUGACGUGGAAAGGGAGAGACAGUCUCAACAAUGUCACAUCCAGACACUACAAGAGGAGGUUCACAGGCUGCGUGAGGAGCUGAGGGAGAGGGAAAGUGAGAGGUCGGAUUCGAGGAGGGGACAAAGUCCAGGAGCAGAGAGAAGGAUGGAGCAGUGGAGGAGAGAGGUUGGACGUGAGCUGAGCAAUCUGCGGGGACACAUAACCAGAGCCACGUCGCUAGGCAACCUGGAGGAGAGUUUCAGCUCAAAGCUCCGCAGAGAGGAGCUGGAACACCUGCGGAGAGAGGUGGACCAACUGAAAGCACAACUAAGGAGACAGGGGGAGGAUGUGUUCCUCCAGCAGACAGAGGCCAGAGAGACCCGAAGACAGUACGAACACAGCUGCAAGACACUGGAGGAGCUCACAGACAGCUACAGAACUCACAGCACUGAUCUGGCAAAGACUGUCUCUCAGUAUUCUCACACACAGCAAGAGGUCCGCCAGAUCAGAACAACUGUGUCCGAGCUGAAGGAGGAGGUCAGGAGACUUGUUCUCAAAGAAUGUCAACCAACACCUUUGCAGUCAGCACACACAUCAGGGGCAUCUCCGCUCCCGCUCCCUGGCAGCCACAGUAGAGGGGCCAGAGUUGAAGAGGCCGACUCUGACUCCGAAGACUUUAGCCCGACCCCGAGCCUGGCCGAGGUCAGCUCAGAUGAUCUGUCAUGGCUGGAAGACCCUGCUCUUCAUCAGAAGCCUCGAGUGCGUCUGAGCGUUCAGUCCAGACGGAGUGACUUUGCUGGUCCGGGAUCAGAUUUGGAGGACGAUGAUGACAAUGAUGGUGAUGAUCUCCUCGAUGAAGAUGUGAACCCAGAUUUUGGAUCUGACCUAAGUCUUAAUGACCUCUGACCUUUUUUUAUAAAGUGAUUUAUGUAAUUUCCUUGGGAUGAUUUAGCAAAAUGAAGACAUUUCUUGAUCAGUUUACAGAACUAUUCUGAAAACCAGAACCUUUUGAAAGUAGAAACAGUCAGGAUAACUAUAAUGCUAUGGCUUAUUUCCAUUGUAGUCUCAAUGGAAAGGAAACAAAGGACGGCAAACAGCAGACUUGGCAUGGCAACAGAGGCACAUACAAAUAACAAGUAAUUAAGUCAUUCAACUUAAUUUUAUUACCGUUGCUUAACAGACCUGCUUAGAUAUGAGCUGCAUAGUUCAAGCCAGUGUGGAAACUUUCUUUUAGUGAGGGGAAUUCUCAAAUGCUAUUUUUAAACACGUUGUUUGUAAGAAUACCAGAAGUGUUAGGGAACUCGGGACGGAUCACGCACUACUUCUUUUUAAAAUUGAUUUUCAAUUGCUUGUCUGAUUAUUCUGUAAACUGUCUGGUCCCAUGUAACGCUCCCAAACUCCUGCUACCGCAGUAUGCUGAAGCAAACCACCAAAAGAGUCAGCAUUAUUUGCCCUCAGUCUGGUUAGUGAUAUCUGCUAGAGGCAGAGGACUGUGAUAGCCACAAAUCCUCUUUAAAUAAUCCGCAGUAACUGCCCCCACAUGCACACACUGGCUGGGUGCUGGGAACAAACUGAGGAGACAGGCAGCUGUUUAAGCAAGAUUCUUUGUGAGAGGUUCGCAAUCAGAAACUGUUUUCAUGAUGGUGGCUAGCCGUGUGCCUGCACAAUGGCAUUUUUGUAAGUAGCUUUAUUUCUCACUGUAUUUCUUGACUGAUUUAACUUUUGGCCACGGAAUUUUUAAAUCGUUCGCCACCCAAUGGAUAUUAAGUUUUCAGUUUUUUGCCACACCCUCUGCACCCAUGUUGCGAGUCACUGAAGAUGAAUUAUGGGUCCCGCCAGAGUGAAACACAGAAGCACUGUGAUUGGUCCUCUAAACCACAAGGUUUGGUUUUAGGCAGAAGAUUUAAAAAAAAAGUUAUGUUUACGGUUGUUAUGAUUACAGAUUGUUGGGGUUAGGUAUGUUUAGGUGUAGUUUAGUUAAUCUCUGCUUAUAACUGCUGUGAGAUCCAUGAAAAAAAAGCACUGAUCCCUGUGCUUUUGAUUAGCAAAAUAAGAGCCCACAGUACGCUUAUAUUUCCUUAAGUCUGCAUUUUUGAAUUCAUUAAUUUAUUUAACUUUAAUUUCAUGAAUAUGCACCUUGGCCACCUUUGAUCACUUGAUGUACAGUAAUAAAUCACAGUAAGCUUUAAAGUUAUUGUGAUCAUGUAUUCUAUGUAAGCUACACUCUUCAGUGUUGCAGAGUAAUGUAUAUGUAAUGGCCUUUUGUUCCUGACAUAAUGCACUCUUCAAUCCAGGAGAAAUCUGACGAGGAUUGGGUUUUGAUUCCCGGUAAUGCAGCUGAAGUGAAGACAAAGAGGAAUUAAAAAAAUAAAAAAAAAAAUCCAUUAACAUUACCAAGGCACCAACACCUUCAACCUCCACUGCUUUUCUUUAUAUACAGUAGUCCCUUUUAUGCUGUCAUGUCUGACAUGAGUCACACUGUGCCAGCUUGGUGUCAAGCUGUUAAAUAUUUCAGCAUCCAGACACCCCCCCCCCAUUGAGGAUCCCAGACCACAGUGCAGAGCCAAAGGGGAGCUGACAGGCAGGUUAGGUGUUCAGUGGCGUGUGGGUAUGGAGGCUUGGGUGGUGAAAGGGACUACAGACACUAUCUAGUUCAUCUAAUGAGACAAAUUGUCUCACUGGUCAAUAAAAGACUUUUUGGAAAACAGUAAAUGGCACAGAGCAGUACGUAACAGUUUUUAAACAGACCUCUUCUAACACGCUGUCCUUGUAUAGCUGUUAAUAUUGUGGUCAAAGAGAUAUUUAAUGAAGAAAAGGCUCAUUUAUUUGUUAUUGCGGCCAGAUAAUGGCUGAUGAAUCAGAUCCUUCUACUGCACUUUAAUUGCAUUUGCCAAGUAUUUUGCAGUGGCGCUGCAGUAAAGCAGUGCACUGAUUCAUUCAUCGAAGGUCUGUGAGAAAAUGUUUUGUGUUUUGUCUCCAACAAUAAAAGUCUGUGUGGAAGUUUAAAAA